ACAUCUGACUCAGCCCAGAUAUUUGUUAUUGGUCAGUCAUCACUGUCAUCUUUGCCAGCAGUACAAAUAUAUGGAGUUAACAGUCCAAGUAGAGCAGCGACACAUAUACUGAGAUUAAAUUCAUUUUAUGAAAUGGGGAGUUACAGAUGUUAGUGCGAAGGUAAUAAUGCACAAAACUGAGUGAUGUGCAUGACGUUUCAGUGAGUUAGUGAAACUGAUCUUUUUCGAACUAGGCAUAAAUGGAAUGAAAGAAAUGAAUCCACAUGCCAGAGCAGAUGGCAUUUUAUGUAAAACAAACAACCCUCAGUUCCUCGGGCAUCCUCUGCACUUCAGUCCAUUAGCUUGACACUGCAGUCACUGGAUCAUUAGGCCCCAUCCGCUUCAAUAAUGCAAAAAGAGCAAACCAGGCAAUCACCACACAGCCUUAUCUGCCUCUCACCUCUCAACACAGCAGGUUUCAACAAGGUAGAGAACACAUUAUCCAAUCAACAGAGUGUGCAACAACCGGCAUCCUCCAUGGCUCUAAACAGUGUGCUGGCAGGCUCGUGUCUAAUUGACUGUAAAUCAUGCAACUGUGCAAAGAGUAGAGAAAGAAAGAAAUUAAUAUGUGAUCUGUCACUUAUGCACACCUCUGCCACAAUUAUGAUCCAUUUCCUCCACCACUGAUAAAAUCAAGUCAAUGAAAAGGUAAUCACAGGAGGGGAGCUCUGACAUCAGUAGUUCCUGCUUUUAAACCUGUGCUCCUUGAUUCUGCAGGCAUGAAUCUCAAAAUCACAUCAGCCUAGUUAGGCUCUUGUCAGCCGUCAGCCAAUGCUUCACUUGUCUCCGGAAAUGUAGCUGUCAACACACGCAGGACUCCUGAUGACAAAUGGCAGAUAGGUUAGGGCUUUGUGAUUUGACAUCGCCGUUGAUAGGCAUCACAGCCCCGCCCACAUUAAGGACAGAGCAGCCAAUGACAGGAUGCAUUAACUGCGCGACCAAACCAAUGGCAGUGGAGCUGCUUUGUUUCCCUGCCUGCUUCUCCAGCUUGACGCUGAAUGGCUCUGUUUUGUGCGCACAUGUGACCACAGAAGGCGCUUACUGGUAUUUAAACAUCAUCGAUUGGGUGCUGAAGUGGACAGCUCCCCCGUGCAGAUACACCAACCAAAACCAAAACACAAUGGCUGGUUUGACUCCUAGUUACAUGGACCCUCUGAAGCGCCUUUUCUCUUUUUAACUCCGAGUGAAGAGCUCCAUUUCCCCAGCCGUCUAACAUCUUUCAACAUUUACGGACUAAUUUUAAGCAGCUGGCGAGAAAGGCGCCGUUUUAACUAUACAAACAGCAGUGAGGCGGAUGUUUUGACACCUGUAGCUGAAGCCGGAUCGCAAUCUCAUAAAAAAAAAAAAAAAAAAGAGGGAGGGGUGGGGGUUUGGAUUGUUUCACAUCCAUCUUCCUCCAUCCGUCCUGCAGGAGAGGUGCUCCGCUGCGCUGUUUGAUCUCGAGUGGUGAAGCGCAAAGGUAGUCUAAAGCCAUAACGGACGCAUUAAUUUCUAAGCUGCUCUCUGUGCCUGCUUGCAGACAGGAAAGAGCAUGGAUAGAGAAGCAUUUGCUCUGACUAGUGCGUUGAGGGGAUUUGUAGAGCUGGGGGUGUGAUCCCGUGGAAACUAAACUAGGGACAACGUCUAAAGCACCGUUACUGACAGCUCGCCAUUUCUCCUCAAGCCUCUUUUGGUUAUUAUUUCUUCAUUUUGAGGAGGACAUAGAUUAUUUUUUGAAUUAGUCAUGGGGAAAGAGGAGUGCAAAACAAUGCUGGACGCUUUGAACAAAGUGACCGCCUGCUACAGGCAUUUGGUCAUCGCGCUGGGAAGCACCUCGGACUCGCAGAACCUGCGAGAGGAGCUGAAGAGGACCCGCAAAAAGGCCCAGGAGCUGGCCGUGGCCAACAGGACUAAACUGACCUCUCUGCUCAAAGACAAGUCCAUCAGCAAAGAGGACCGGGCUGAGUACGAGCGCCUAUGGGUGCUGUUCUCGAGCAGCAUGGAGCUCCUGGAGGUGGACAUGAAAAGGUCCCUGGAGAUAGGGCAGGAUUUCCCCCUCAAGGUGCCAACGAGACACCUCAUCCAGACGGGGAUGACCGGCAGCACCAGCACCGUAGCGGCCCGGGCCAUGAGCGUGCAGAACAUGAAGUACGAGGCGGACAGCAACAUCGACACGGCGGACCUCAGGGACCUGCAGUCCGAGAUCUCCCAGGUGAGCCAGAUGAUGGAGGAAAUGGAGAUGAAGGUGCAGGUGGCGCCGUGGGCCGUCGAGGCGAAGCAGGAGGCAGGAGCGGAGCUCAAGUCCAACAUGAGCGUCGGAAAUUCCUCCGUGGGUGUCAUCUCCAUCUGCGAAGAGGAGCCAAAAGAAGAGGAAAGUGGAGGCAGCAGGGGUUCUGGGUUUGCAUCUAUAUGCGCUGUGUUUAUGUUCUUUGUCAUCCUUACUGUCGCCGUGGUUCUAGGAUAUUUGGUCAUCAAUAUGUCCUGAACCGUCACCCUGAUGGACAUCCUGCGAGGCUGCCCACCGGAGCAUCACCGUGGGUACAGAGCCAGCACCUCCACAUGCGAGAGAACGAGCUUUUUGUGGGAUUGAGCGGCUGAGAAAAAGAGUGGACAAGUUAUUAAUCUUUCUCGGAUUUGUGAAUGUAUUCGGUGGAGUUGAGGAGUUGCACUAGAUAAAAUGUAGAACAAUAUAGCCACUCGGGGAGAAUGGACAAUGCACAAAUAAGUAUUUUGAAGGGCCAAUGGGUCAUGUAUUUUUGGAGGAGGGGGGAGGGGUGGGGUGGGGGAUGAAAAGAAAUAAAAUUACGUGACAGUGUCUGGCCAUCAGGAUGAUAUAAACAACACGUAAUCCAAGUGGAUUAGUGGAAAAGCUCAAGCAUAAAUGUAGCCUACUGUUAAGUAUUCCCCCUAGUGUGCUGCUGAUUGAUGCUUUAAAUUUAUGAUUUCAAUCCAGAAAAGUCAGAAGGAGCAGGGUUGGGUGGGUGG